AUGUCCCAAAAGCCUAACUUCGCCAAUCCUCCCCCCAAUGUCGGCCCGGACGCCGCCGUCUCUUUCCCCCGCCCACACGUCAUGUUAAUCACCCUCAACCGGCCGCGCCACCUAAACUCCAUCCCCUCGGAACUCCAAUACACCCUCGCCCGUCUCUACGAGUGGUACGACGCGGAGCCCUCCCUCCGCUGCGCCGUUCUGACGGGCACCGGCCGCGCAUUCUGCGCCGGUGCGGACCUGAAGGAGUGGAACGUCCGCAACACUACCAGCAAAUCCCCCACGCCCUCUUCCGUGAGCGCGGACCCGGCCCCACAGGCCCCGGUGGUGACGGCAGACCACCCGGAAGCCAAACCAGGUGAAAAGUGGCCUUCCAACGCCGGCUUCGGCGGACUCUCGAAUCGCGGCGGGAAGAAGCCGGUCAUUGCUGCCGUCAAUGGCCUGUGCCUGGGCGGUGGGAUGGAGAUGAUUAUCAACGCGGACCUGGUGUACGCGUCCACCAAGGCCAAGUUUGGACUCCCCGAAGUGACCAUUGGCGUCAUUGCCAUUGCCGGCGCUCUACCUCGUUUGAUCAAGUCGGUAGGCCGACAGCGUGCCACGGAGAUGGCGCUUAUCGGAAGAACGGAUUACACGCCCGAGGAGAUGGUGUCCUGGGGCCUCGUAAACAAGGUCGUGCAGCCAGACGACUUGAUAGAGACUGCGCUGGGCGCAGCGGAGGCCAUUGCGAGAAACUCACCGGAUUCGGUCAUCGUCUCGAGAGAAGGACUGAAGACGGGGUGGGAGCCGAUGGGUCCUGAAGAGGCGACGGGGUUCAUUGAUCGGACGAUUUAUCGCAAGAUGGAAGCGGGAGAAAACAUGACUGAGGGUGUCAAGAGUUUUGUCGAGAAGAGAAAGCCGGUGUACAAGGACAGCAAGCUUUGA